GUAGGAAAAGAAGUAAUGCCAAUGAAACACAGAAGACUACAAAGUCUUAACUUAGAAGCUGAGACACAGGAAAACGUGGAACAACAUGAAGAUGUCCAAGAUCCACAACCAGAGCUCACCAUUGGGUUUCCUGAGGGAGAAGCGCCAACAAGGAAUAAGUCAUUCAAAAUAAUAUGGCAAAAUGGAGUUGUUCGAGAGGUUUUUAGAAAUUUCCGAACAGCUGAAUUGUGGGAUCUGAAAGGAGGAAGAGUACUAGUUGAAACUGACAAGAAUGGCAUUCCCAAUCAGUGGUCUGAAUCCAUUCUCUCGUCAUACCUUGGUGAGCUUGCACAGAAUUCAUCAUUUGCACCAUUACACAUUCCGAGAUGGGACAACAAAUUAUUCAAAGGUCCAAAGGAACGCAUCAUCAAAGAUGUUGAGAAAAAAUUUAUCUAUAGUAGUGAGACAAAAUGGUCUACUCGAGAUUGGAUUCUUAAGACAGUGAAUAAAAGGUGGAGAGACUACAAGUCAGACUUGAAGAAACAAUACUACAAUCCAGAUAAGAGGUCUUUUGACCAGAUUGAAAAGGAUGUCCCUGAUGGUGUGAAUGAAAAUCAAUGGAGUUUUCUGUUAGGCAUAUGGUGCAGUGAAGCACAUCAGAAAUUAUGCCGGACAAAUGCGGAAUCUGGAAAGAAGCAGAGGCAUCCACACACUAGCGGUAGGAAAAGCCAUGCUAGACUUAAAAAGGAGAUGGAAGACAAGAAGAAAGGAAGCAUCACUAAAAUUGAUCUUUGGGACGAGUCUCAUAAGAAGAGGAAUGGGAACUAUGUCAAUCAAAAUGUGCAAACACUUAUGGGUAAGGCCUUCGAUGAAUUAGAGAACAGGAGAAAGGACAAGGGGACACUUUCUACUAGUGAUUAUGAUGAUGUGUUUGAGAAUGUCAUAAGAAAAGACUUGAACAUUCGUGGGUACUAUGAUGAUACGUAUUGGAGCAAUGGAACUUAUUCACAUGUUCAAUCAGAGGAGAAUAAAAUGAUUAGAAGGGACCUAGAGCUUGCUAUUUCUGGGUUUAGGAACAUUAGAGCAUUCCUAGAAAAAAAGUUUCCAGAAGAGGAAUUGCUAAGCACAAUUCUAGCUACUGGAUCUAGAAGCACCACAGUUGAUACUAAAGACAAUGAAAAUGUCUCAUUGCAAUAUGAUAAUGUAGAACGAUCCAGUUAUGAGAAAUCACCUUCACCAUACAAUGAACAGAUUUAUACUAGAGAUUAUAAUAUUGCCAAGGUGGGUUGCUCUGAUCAUUCAGUACCAAAUGACAACAUAGCUUUCAGGUUCAAAGGGAUUGAUAAGAAUUUCUAG